AUGUUCGGUUCCUCUAAAAACACGACGGGCAGUGAGAUCAAGUACAAUCAAGUGAGCCAGAAAUUCAACGAGGGAUACGAACAAAUGAGAAAGGCUAUAGAGCUAGAUGAACGUAUGAAAAACGGUGAGUUUUUAGUCUCCUCUGCAAAAUCCUCACAAGUUUACCUUCAGGCGGUUCGGUUGCCGAAAAACUAGAAGUUGCCGAGAGUUACAAGCAGGCGAGGACCACCUUCAAGGAGGUAAUUUGGAAAAUUAUCUUUAAAAAGAAAAUAAACGAAUUCCCUCUUUCGUUUUAGGCGAAUCAAUUCAACAUCAUGGAGAUCCCUGAAAGCCACAGAAGCGAAAUUCGAGCGACAAGGGAUAAAAUGAUGAAUUUGGAUAAAAGUGCGCAAGACAGAAUUGUUAAAAUUUGUGAGUUUCACUUGCAUUUACAUGAAAUUUUGAUUAAAAUCAAUCUAAAAUUGUAGGCAGUGAACUGGAUGCUAUGAAUCCCAAACUGCCGACCGCUUCUCGUUCCUCGUCAGCUAACAGACAAGCCGUGAGAGUGACCCCGAGAGCUACAGCUUCAGCUGCGGUAAGAGUUCAGAAGGAUCCACUUUUUCUGGCGUCAAUUGCUGUGUUUCCAUGGUUCCAUCCAAAUAGUUCUUUUUUCGUUGUGUAGGUUGAUAAAAAGGCGGCAAAAGUGGUAGAAAGCAAGGAGAAUACGCACGUGUGCUCGCGCGGCGAUCGCUGCGGAGCACACCAUCCACCGACGAAGAAGCCCGCUCUCGCCAAGUCGUCUGUUCAAAAAGUAGAGAGAAAUACGUCUGCACCUGGAGUGAACAAGGUUCCUGGCUUCAUUUGUUGCAUGACAGAAACAAACGUCCACGUCUUCUUUUUCAUGUGAAAUAGUCUGUUUCGUUUUGAAAAUAGUAACGAUUUCAGGUCACUGCCCAACAGCUCGCAGUGAAUCGAGCGGCGUUACUCAAAGGAGUCGAUAAGGCGAUCGGUGAGCGGCUUCUCGAUGAGGUUAUCUUUAAGAAAUCAGAAGGAGAAUACAAAUGUCAUCUACAGGUUCUGGACAACACGGGAGUUCGGAUGGAGGACGUGGCGGGUUGUCAAUCUGCGAAGGCUGCUCUGGAAGAAGCCGUCAUUCUUCCCGCCCUCAACCCAAAUUUGUUCAAAGGCCUCCGGCAGCCAGUCAAGGGAAUCCUUCUGUUCGGGCCGCCGGGUAACGGAAAGACCUUGCUGGCGAAGGCAGUGGCCGGCGAAGCGAAGCAGACGUUCUUCAACAUCAGCGCCUCUUCGCUCACGUCCAAAUGGGUCGGAGACUCUGAAAAAACCAUUAGAGGACUGUUCCAAAUCGCUCGAAAUGCUCAGCCAUCUAUCAUUUUCAUCGGUACCCAAACUGAAGACUUUCCAACACUCACGCCAUUCAUUUUCAGACGAAAUCGAUUCGAUUUUGUGCGAGAGAAGCGAAAAAGAUGCGGAAGUGUCGCGACGAAUGAAGACUGAAUUCCUCAUCCAGUUCGACGGCGCCACAUCGUCUCCCGACGACCGGAUUCUCGUCAUUGGCGCCACGAACAGACCUUACGAGCUGGACGACGCCGUUCUCCGAAGAUUUCCGAAGAGAAUCCUGCUCAACGUGCCGGACGAUAAAGCAAGGAAAGAGCUGCUUGAGAAGACGUUGACGAAGCACCAGAUGAUGGACGGAUUGACAGACAGGGAUAUAAGGUUUCCUUUUGUUAUUGAAAACCAAAACUGAUCGAUUUCUCCAGGUACAUCGCCUCGAACACGAAAGGAUUUUCCAAUUCGGACCUCGUGGCACUUUGUAAAGAAGCAGCAAUGGUUCCGAUUCGCGAGAUUGACAAAACCAAACUGUCAAUGACAGAUGGAAAUAAACUGCGGAGAAUUCGAGUAAGCACUUUUUUCUCGUACGAAACAGUAACAAUCUCUUUUUCAGUCGUCCGACUUCGAUCUGGCUCUCCGCACAAUUCGGCCGUCGACAUCCGAAAAAAUUAUGACCAAAUUAUCAGACUUUUCGCGUAAUUUUGGCUGUUAA